AAAUCGAAAACCGGAUGAAUUACGAAGGGUUUCUUAUUUACCUGGAAAAGUUUCAACCUUGCAACCUCUCUAAAUGCCCUGAAAAGAAAACUAAAAGCUGAAUUGAUUGAAGUGUCGUCGAGGACAUGUAGUUUAGGGAAUAAACUCGAUACCCACCUUCGUUAAAGUAAUCACUAACCACAAUUAGUAAACACAAAGCUCUCUUCAAAAGAUACGCAUUGAAAAGUUGCACAGUCGGGCUUGGAGUGUCACUUUCUCAAUCAAAAGGUUUCAACUCUUCUCCCUUGUUCUCUCCUCCGCCAAAAAAAAGAGAAAAAAUAACAAGAGAGAGAGUCUCUCUCACUCACGCGCGCACACACACACACACAGAGACAGGAGUUUAGGUUUGCUUUGUAAAUCUCAAAGACAGACUCCCUUGUACAGAUCUGAUCCUUCUCAAGCUCCAAUUCGUAAACCGUUUUCCAAAAGAUUGUUCCUUUUCUUUUGGUUAUUAAACUUCCUCGCUAGAAAAAGAACCCAUAUCUUGUGAUUCUCAAGUUUAGUAACUGCAUGCAGUUCCCAAGACCCUUUCAGAUUGCUACAACAACACAGUGACUUCUUCUCAUUCUGGUUUACUUAUCUGGGUUUCAUUGUCUCUCUGCUGCAUUCUGGAAAAAGGUUUACUUUCUUCUCGAUUCGAUGAACUCUUAUCGAACUGAGCGUUUCUGGGUUACUGUUACAGUUAGGGUUGUUGGGUUUUGUUAUUAGCUACUAAGCUUUAUGGAUUCUCAGAGGGUUAUUGUCGAAGACCCUAAAUCUCAGUCCUUGAAUAGGCAAGGCUCCUCUCUCUACAGCUUAACACUCGACGAGGUCCAAACCCACUUGGGGAGUUCUGGUAAAUCACUUGGCAGCAUGAAUCUUGACGAGCUUCUCAAGAGUGUCUGCUCUGUUGAACCUAAUCAGCCACCCUCCACGGCUGUCAACGAAGGUCUCUCUCGUCAGGGGAGUCUGACUUUGCCGCGUGAUCUCAGCAAGAAGACUGUUGAGGAGGUCUGGAAAGACAUUCAGCAGGAUAAGAAUGGUGGGAGUGCUCACGAGAGGAGAGAUAAGCAGCAUACGCUUGGGGAGAUGACGCUUGAGUACUUGUUGUUGAAAGCAGGUGUUGUGACUGAGACUAUCCCUGGUUCGAACCAUGACGAUCCUGGUGGUGCUGGUUUAGCUCAGGUUGGGCCAUGGGUUCAGUAUCAUCAGCUUCCAUCAAUGACACAGCCUCAGUCAUUCAUGCCAUAUCCGGUUGCAGACAUGCAAGCAAUGGUGUCUCAGGCUUCUUUGAUGGGUGGUUUGUCAGAUACACAAACGCCAGGAAGGAAGAGGGUGGCGUCAGGAGAAGUUGUGGAGAAGACUGUUGAGAGGAAGCAGAAGAGAAUGAUCAAGAACAGAGAGUCUGCAGCUCGUUCUCGAGCUAGGAAACAGGCUUACACUCAUGAGCUAGAGAUCAAAGUUUCACGGUUAGAAGAGGAAAACGAAAGACUCAGGAGACAAAAGUCUUUUUUUUUCACUUUGCAGGAGGUAGAGAAGAUACUCCCAAGUGCACCACCGCCUGAUCCCAAGCGGCAGCUCAGACGAACAAGCUCAGCUCCUUUCUGAUCUCAAAACUUUUUUACACUUUUGUCGGUUUGCUUAUAUAUAAAAAAAAAGAGAGAGGAAAACAGCUUUGUUUCUUUGUACAUUCCGUAGAGUUUCUUGGCUUGGAGCAAUGCUGUUAAGUUUCUUAAAAACAUUCAGAGUUGUUAUUGUAGCAGCAUCAAAUCUUUUUCUUUAGUAUCAAAUUUAGUGGAUGAACAGAAGAAGAAAACUUGAGUUUGUAGAAUUUGAAUACAACAAUACUUUAUAAGAAUGGAUCAGUCAGA